GGAGCGCACAGUAGCCUCUGCAAGGCGCCUGAGGUUCCUCUGUGCAGCGAGCAGGACUGGCUGAGGCGAGAAUGAGCCUCGCCGGUUCUUCUUGGUUAGGUUUUCACUUCCCCUGUUUUUAAGUUCCGAAAACGGGGCGACUUCGUUCUCAGAGAGGCUCCUUCUGGGCUGCGGGCUCCCUCUCCUUUUCUCCAGCCUCCGGGCUGAAAAAACGGUGGACUUAAUUGGUGUGGAGUUCAACUCUCCAAGCUCAGGAAGGAAAAUAUGGGAUGUAUAAAAUCCAAACAAAAAGACAAUCUACAUGGAGAUGGGCUAGAUGUGAAGAACAAAUCAGUACGUAAAACUGAACGAACUAUUUAUGUGAGGGAUCCAACGUCCAAUAAACAGCAAAGGCCAGGAAAUGAAGAUAUUCUUUUGCCAGGUCAAAGGUUCUAUCAUGAAGAUGAGGAGAAAGAACAUGGGGACAUUGUGAUAGCCUUAUAUAUUUAUGAAGGCAUGCAUGAAGAUGACUUGUCCUUUAAAAAAGGAGAAAAAAUGAGAAUUCUGGAGGAACAUGGUGAAUGGUGGAGGGCUAAGUCCCUUGUAACGAAAAAAGAAGGAUUUAUCCCAAGCAAUUAUGUUGCAAAAGUCAAUACUUUAGAAACAGAAGAAUGGUUCUUUAAAGACAUAACCAGAAAAGAUGCAGAAAGGCAACUUCUAGCUCCAGGAAAUUCUCCUGGAGCAUUCCUGAUCAGAGAGAGUGAAACAUUAAAAGGUAGUUAUUCAUUAUCCAUAAGAGACCAUGAUGGACAAAAUGGUGAUGUUGUUAAGCACUACAAAAUCAGAAGCUUAGACAAUGGAGGCUAUUACAUCUCUCCAAGAAUUACUUUUCCCUGCAUCAGUGAUAUGAUCAAACAUUAUCAAAAACAAGCGGAUGGCUUAUGCAGAAAGCUAGAGAAAGCAUGUAUUAGUCCUAAGCCACAGAAACCGUGGGAUAAAGAUGCCUGGGAAAUUCCUCGAGAUUCAAUCAAAUUAGUGAAAAAACUUGGAGCGGGUCAAUUCGGAGAAGUUUGGAUGGGUUAUUAUAAUAAUAAUACCAAAGUGGCAGUUAAAACUUUGAAACCUGGUACUAUGUCCGUCCAAGCAUUCAUGGAAGAAGCUAACCUAAUGAAAACACUUCAGCAUGACAAGCUAGUCAGACUAUACGCUGUAGUCACCAAAGAAGAACCUAUUUACAUUAUAACAGAAUUUAUGGCAAAAGGAAGCUUACUGGAUUUUCUGAAGAGUACAGAAGGGACAAAAUUACUACUACCAAAGCUCAUUGAUUUCUCAGCUCAGAUUGCAGAGGGGAUGGCAUAUAUUGAAAGAAAAAAUUACAUACAUCGGGAUCUUAGAGCAGCAAAUGUUUUAGUUUCAGAUGCACUUAUGUGUAAAAUUGCUGAUUUUGGCCUUGCAAGAGUUAUUGAAGAUAAUGAAUACACAGCCAGGGAAGGUGCAAAGUUCCCUAUCAAAUGGACAGCACCAGAAGCCAUUAACUAUGGUUCUUUUACUAUUAAAUCAGACGUGUGGUCCUUUGGAGUUCUUCUGUAUGAAAUAAUUACUUAUGGAAAAAUUCCUUAUCCAGGUAUGAGUAAUUCCGAUGUAAUGGCAGCCCUUCAACGUGGUUAUCGCAUGCCAUGCAUGGAAUCUUGCCCCUCUGAGCUUUAUGAUAUUAUGAAAACGUGCUGGAAAAAUAAAGCAGAAGAGAGACCAACAUUUGAAUAUUUACAAAGUGUCCUUGAUGAUUUCUACACAGCUACUGAAGGACAGUAUCAGCAGCAACCAUAGAAAAAAAGAAUUGUUGCUCUUCAUUUCCAAAUGGCAGGGACCUUUUAAUAAGACAAUGUGAUUGAGCCAAUUCUUUUAUACUUACACACAUACAUGUGUUGGGAUACCCUAAUUGUUUUGUGGUACUCAAAAUUGAAAGCUAGAACUCAAGUGGGCAAGACAGAUUAUCAACAUCUUGCUGAAGGCUUAGAAGUUUUUCUUCUUCACUGAUGCUUUCUUUGUAUUUAUAUUAAGUAAACAACUAGUUGAAAUGAAUUAUGAUAUAACAGAUCAUCAUUCUCUGUAAAAAAUCCUGGUGCAAAAUCAAAACUCCAUGAAGGAAAUCAACACUUAUUCCAAAUAACCCUGUGCAACAUGUAUCUGGAAAAAAAAUAUUAGUUUUACGGCUGAGCUAGAAGUUAUAUGAGCUGCUGCAUUUUGUUUACUGAAAAGCUGCAAAAGUUUGGAGGGAAUCCCUUUAUCAUUCUACCAUUUCUUUGCAAAAAAAAAAAAUGUUUUUGUAAAAAUCUAUUCUCUAAGCAUGGCUGAAAAUUUCCCUUUAAAGGUAUCCUUCAAAAAUGGGUAGUAUGAAAUAUGCUGGAAUUGAAAAGAAAAUAUCACUUUAGAAUAAUAUUUUGUGUUUUUCUGGAAUUCAACAGCUAUUUUCCAUUCCUAUUUUUUCCCCCUCUGAUUAUGUCAUUUUAUUAACUGUGUUUAGGGAAAAAGCCAAUUAAAAUGUUUAGCUUUAGAAAUACAAUUGCAUAUCGCAACUAAAAGUAGUAUGUUUUGGCACACACAAAUUAUAUGGUGAAAAAUAAUUGAACACAUUUUAAGUAAGAGUCCUAGAACACAAUUCAUAGAAAACAAUAUGUCUUCCAAAGACACAAUACUGUGCAUCAGGAUUUUAGUAAUGCUACACCACCAUCAUCCCAUGCACACAUGUCCUGUAUAAUAUAUUGGGAGGACAGUGUUUUGGGUGAAUCUUCUGAAAUGCUUUUCACCACUCCAUUAUUAUCAGAACACAAUGAUUAUACCUAUGCUCAGUAGUGCUGGUCAAUACUGUUAUACUUUUAAUGAAGAAAUUUAUUUGGUAGACUGGUAAUCGGACUGUCAACUUGUAAAUACAAUUUCAAUGUUUUUGUGAUUUUAAUAAAUAAGCAUUAUUGAAAAUCUGAACCAAUAUAAGGUCAAUUUCUUAUUCCUUAUUACAAUAAUGGACAGCUUCUUUAACAAAUUAAUUCUCCUGGAUUUACAUCUCUGUUCCAGAAUAUGAUCCAUUAUGCUGGAGUUUGAAUACAUCAAAUAGUCCUAGUUAGCUGGUCAGUGAUAAAGGAUGCUAGAAAUUGCCCUUAGACAAUAUCUGGAAUAUCACAAAUUUCCAUUUUUCCUGUAAUGUAUCUUCUCUUAUAAUUAUUACAGGAUAUGCUCUGUUACAUCAA